AUGAUCCCAAACAAUCACCCACUGAGUCGCACCUUUUUGAUGGAACAUAAUGAUGAGAUGAAUGAAAUGGUUGUUGGAUGUUUGAAAUUUAUUCAACAAAAAUUAGAACAUGAUGAUUUGGAGCUGGAUGAUUCGGAAAGGUGUCAUGAUGAAAAAUCGGAAUUACUGGAUGACAAAAUGCAUAGUGGUGAACGUUCCUUUUUGCAUGAUCAUGACACUUUUGAUGAUUCAUUGUUGCAAUCACAAAUUGAAGAAGAUUUGAAAGAACAAUUGAUGAAAAUUGGAUAUAAUGCCGAUGAUGAGAAUGAUAUUUCCAAAGCGUCCUUUCAUAAUCAUCAUGAAAACAAACUAGAAAAACUCAACGAUACCAACCAACGAGCAUUGAUUCUAAUUCAACAAUGUAUCAAACAAAAUCGAGAAAAUUUUGCAAAUAUUGUUUGGAGAGAAUGGUCGAAUCAAUUCUCACACUUGAUAUCGGAAGAAGAGAGCGUGAAUGAAAUUGUUUGGUCAACGGGUUUAAAUUUGUUGAAAUCUUUCCUACCCAUAGCAGAAGAGGAUAACAAGUGCAACAACAAAACAGAAGAGACCAAUGAUGCUAGCAUGUGCUUUAUGGAUCUAAAAAAUAUGGAAAAUUAUGCUCUUUACAUUCAAUAUCUCUUGGCAGCAGAAAAUUCACAACACCGUUAUGAGGAUUUUCUUGACAUUGUGGACUGGUUUUUUGCAUAUAACUCGCCUUCUGAAGAAACUAUAGGAUGUGUAUUGAACGCAUAUGGAUCCUAUCUCAUUGCUGGAAAUCAUGCAUUUGUAAUGUUUGAUCUCAUUGCACGCAAUAGACAUACUUUUGAAAAUAAUGUGGAUUUGACACUGUAUGAAGAAAUUAUUAAUGCUUGUGGCAUACAAGUGAAAGAGAAAAAUCAAUGGUCUCAAAUCUAUACAUUUCGAAAAGAGUGGUUGAUUGAAAUGUUUGAAAAAUAUGGAACUACCAUCUCAGAAAAUUGCUUUUUAGAAUUGACAGCAGAAAUUUGCUUUUCUAUUGUGGAUGAUUAUACAAUAGAUCGAGAAGCAACCUCAACUAGUGCGGAAAUUGAUUUCUUUAGUGAUGAUAAUUUACUAACAAAUAACGACAAACAAGAGAAGAGUUUGAAAAAGAGAAUGGAAUAUUUAGAAAGGAUUAGAAUGUUGACAUUGAAACUCCCUCACCUUAGAGAUCGAUUUAUUGACCGAUUUGGAGACGAAAAUGCUCAAGAGAUUGUCAAUGCCAUUUGUCUGGGAACAACACUUUCAAACACGAGUUGUGAAAUGUCACUUCUCGAUCUUUCUCUGCUCAAGUUGAUUGAACAACAAAGAUACGAAAUAGAACAAAUGAAUAAGAGACACGAAGAUCUCAUAGUACAUAUUCAAAAACAAGAUAAGGUUAUUUCUUCGUUGGUGCAUGCAGUCAACCAACUUUGCAAUCGAUGA